AUGACUGCUCCGACUCCGAGGGCGCUACCCCAGCACACCGCGCGGCGCGUGAGCGUGGCGAGCAGCCCCCAGGGCCGCCACCCGCGUUCCACACCUGCGCCGCGUCACCAUCUCCAUCCACAGCACAGGCAGCAGCAGGGGCCCACGGCGCCGGCGUCCGUGUUGGGCGUCGGCGUCCCGAGAGUCUACUGGCUCUCGCAGCGCACCCCUGUCCUCGGCCUCCGCGCCUGGGUCCUCGUCGCCGCAGGCGCCGCGGCGGCCGCCCUCGCCCUUCUCUGCCUCAUCGUGUGCCUCUGCCGCCGCUGCAGCCGCCGGCGCCGCACGCCUCGCCUGGCCCCGUGCCCGCACCGGCCCGGCGCCAGCAAGUCCCUCAAGCACCGCGUACAUGCGCAGCAUCAACAUCAAGCAGUGCCAAUGCCGCCGCCGGCGCCGGCCAACAAGGACGUCGAGGAGGCUGCCGCCGCUCGGUGGCGCCCCGCCGCUUCGUUCGAACAGCCGCCGAUCGAGGCCAUCAAGGCGGAGCAGAAGGCGCCGCUGAUCCUCGCGGAGCAUUUCGCGAGGACAAGCGGCGAGACGGCCACGAGCAGCGGCGGCGGCGGCGGCGGCGACGGCGACAGCAGCACCGAGAGCGACCACGGCGGCGGCAGCGAUGAUGCAGAGGUUCCAGAGGCGGCGGCGCGGCGCGGGUGGGGCCGGCGGUACACGCGCCGUGAGAUGGAGGAGGCCACGGGCGGGCUCGCCGCCGCGAACGUGAUGGGGGAAGGCGGGUACGGCGUCGUAUUCAGGGGCGUGCUCCGCGACGGCACCGCCGUCGCCAUCAAAAACCUCCACAACAACAGGGGUCAGGCCGAGAAAGAUUUUAGGAUGGAGGUUCAGACGAUCGGGCGUGUCCGGCACAAGAACCUGGUCGGUUUGCUCGGCUACUGCAGCGAGGGAGCUUGCAGGAUGAUCGUUUACCAGUACAUGGAGAACUGCAAUCUGGAUAGGUGGCUGCACCAUGAUGACAGUGAAAUCAGCCCACUGACCUGGGACAUCAGGAUGCGCAUACUCCUUGGAACGGCUAAAGGGUAUGUGGCACCGGAGUACGCCAAGACCGGAAUGCUGAACGAGAGGAGCGACGUGUACAGCUUCGGAGUGCUUGUGAUGGAGGUCAUAACCGGCAGGACUCCGGUGGACUACACUAGACCAACCCAUGAGGUGAACCUGGUGGAGUGGCUGAAGCGCAUGGUCGCGGAGCGGAGGGUGGAGGAGGUGCUGGACCCGAGGCUGCCGGAGCGGCCCCCGUCCAAGGCGCUGAAGCGGGCAGUCCUCGCCGCGCUCCGGUGCGUCGACCCGGACGGCAGCCAGAGACCCACCAUGCCGCAUGUGGUUCAUAUGCUCGAAGACGACAAGAUUCUCAGAGACGAAUUCAAGCUCGCGCGGGAUCUGUCUCCUCGGGAGUCAGAUAGCUACGAACGCGAACGCAGCAGUUCACAGAUCGGCAGGACUGCACGGUUCCGAUUCAGUGAUCCUCUUGGCUGA